AUGACCUUCCAAACUACCCGCCCCCAACCCUACCUCCAUCUACCCACCAAACAACGCCUCCAGCGCCCCAAAAUAAGACCCACGCUGAAUCCCAGCGCACAGCCUGCGUUCAUCGCAAUGCGACCAGUAUCGGCAUCUACGUCUACAUCUACACCAGUAAAUCCUACGUCAAGCGGACAGGCGGAACCACAGGGCCCACAGGGACCUGAUAGCCGAGAUAGAAGGCAGACGACGGAGGUAGAUAUUGCCGGGACAGUGCAGCCGUUUUUGGAUCCCUCGGGGUGGGAGAAUAUACGGCGCGUGGGACAGCUACGGACCGGGGAGGAGAUGGGAUUAGUAGGGAGGAGAGAGAGGGAGGAAGAGGAGAGGAAGAAACGAGAGAGGGAGGCGGAGUUUGGAGAAAUGGCGGUUAGAGGGAGGAUGGGGAGGUGGAAGCGAUCCUGA